GAGGCGGCCGGGGCUGCCAGCGCGUCCCCAGCGCCGCGAGAGAGCCGAGGUUGACUUUCUGGGCUGCAAUUCUUUUAAUUCAUCCCUUCAGCCAUUCACCCAUCCUCUGCCGCUCCGUUAUUAGCCAGAGUUUGUUCUGGUACUAGGGUAAUAAUGAUGCAUUUGUUCCAGAUCCUUUCUCCAACUAAUUAUAUCAAAGAUCUAGGCAUGUAACCUAUUCAGUGCCAGUUUGGGAAAAUACAUAAAGGAUCAAGUUAUAAAUCUCUGAGUUUUCAGGCUGAAGAGGAAGCUGUGGAGAAAGGCACUGUUGGUGGAGAUGGUUUCACUGAACAAGACCUAGUUUCUGAGCUGCAUCUUGGGACAAUUGGAGGCUGGCUGGUUAGCUUGGGGUGAGCCCCGUGGACCAAGUGUGCUGGCCCAGGCCCCAGGGGAGCCCUUCAAUCUCACAGCCACUCCCCUGGCCAAGCCCUCCAGAAACUCCAGGGGCUGACAGCUGCUGGAGGAUCCACCUUACUCAGCUGGCUCAGGCCCUGUGGCCCCCAUGGCUACUGGGAAGGGAGUUCUGCGGAGCCCUUCAGCUGAAAACAGAUGGCGGCUUAGUGAAUCUGAGCAGGGCUGGGGCCGGAAGCCGGUGCUACUGGAGAAAACGAACCACCUGGGCUCUAAGACUGCCCUGGGCGGCAGUGGCCAGGAUGAGGCCUGUGCCGAGAUGGUACUGUCAGUGGCCCCAGGCAAGCUCAGGCUGGGAAAGCUGAUGCCCCGGAAGACUUGGUGGGAACAGGGGCAGAGCGCCUUCACAGAGGUGCCUCGGCUCAAGAAGAGGCUCGGGGGCGGGCAGGCCCAGGACAGGGAGCACAGUGGCCCUGCAGGCCAGCCUGGCCCCCAGCAGCUGACCCUCGAUAUCCCCAGGGACCUAACCGGCAGCACCUGUGUCUCUGUGUGGCCCAGUGGAGUCUGCAGGGAGCAGAGAAGUGCCUUCAGCAAGCCAGCCAGGGGUCCAGCAGGGAGACUGGGACCAGCCUCUGUCUUUCAGGCGGGUGAACCUGCAGACGCCCUGGGAGAGUUGCUGGGACUCAUCAACACGGUUGAUGUCACUUGCUGGGGUCGAUUUUCUAACUCCAAGCUUUUGGGUGAUUUCUGGAACCUGCACACGGUGCCACCAAAUGCUCCUCUCUGCGGCACUUCCCUGGGCACCCCCACGCUGUGGCUCAAGCAUACCAUGGUCCAGAUCCCCAUGCCCCCAUCGUCCUCCUUCACCAACUCUUGGGCCCUGCUGCCCCCUACGCUUACUUCCCUGGGCCUGUCGACCCAGAACUGGUGCGCCAAGUGCAACCUGUCCUUCCGCCUGACCUCCGACCUGGUCUUCCACAUGAGAUCUCACCACAAAAAGGAGCGUGCGGGGCCUGACCUGCAUUCUAAGAGGCUGAGAGCAGAGGCCCUCACAUGCCCCAUUUGCCACGAGUACUUCCGCGAGCGCCACCACCUCUCCCGGCACAUGACCUCGCACAGUUAACAGGUGGUUUGGAGCAAGCGCUUGGCCAUGAGGCCAAGAUGGCUCACGGGGCCUUCCUCUGAAAAGGCUGGUCCCAGUUGUCUGCAGGACUGUCUCCUUGGGCAUUUGAGGAUGAACAGCUCAGUCAUAAUUGGAAAAGGACAACCA